AUCUCUUGAUUUGAUUUGGUUUUAAUUUACAUCUUCUCCAGUGUUAAUCAGAGAUAAUCAUCUUUAAUCAGUCACCAUUGUUUUAUCUACUGUACCUGUAAAUCUUUAAUUGAUUAUUUGGUUAACAAAAGAUUUUACCUUUUUAAUUCGAAUUGUUUUCCAAUUAAUUCUAAUUUAGUUUGAUUGGAGAUUCUAUUCUACACAAUCAUGAAUUUGGAUCGAGUGUUGGAUUCUUUUUACGGCAGUUCCACCGACGAAUUAAUGGAGACCCUGAAUGCUUUCAAUUCGCAGUGGGCUCAAGUUUUUUCGGUCUCAGAGCCUGUGGCCAAGAAGAAGAAACUUGUUGAGAAUAUUUUUCGAUACCUUCGAGAUCCAGAGCAUGAGAAACAUUAUCUCACAUUAUUAACCACCUUACGAAUACUUUCUCGUGAUAAAAAUGGACCCGAUGAACUGUUCACCAUUGACCGAGUUGAGACGAUUCUUCACUUUGCUCGUUUGGUCGGUGAAGAAGAAGCUUUCAUGACCGAUAAUAGUGAACAUUUUGAUGCUCGUAUUGUGAUCGAAGCUCAAAAAAGCAUUUGUAACCUCAUUUUCAACAAUCUUAUUAUUAGACGAAUUUGUUGCAAUAACUCGUUUGUUGAUGGAAUCAUGUUAAGAUUGAAGAUGUUUAAAGAUCCUCAACUUCCGUUUGAGGUGAAAUACUAUGACAUGAGAGCGUUAUUUUUAAUAACCGCUCUUUCCCCUGAAAUGAGGCCCAAAAUACGUGAAAAGUAUCAUGGAUUAAUCUACCUUAUGGAAGCUGUUGAUUUGAUUCUUAAAGAAGCGGAAGAACCUGGACAAAAACCAUCGAAAAAGAGUCAAAGAAAACGAAACAAAGAUAAAUCAAAAACAGUUUCGGGUGAAACUAAAUCACAAUCGGAAAAAACUGUCCCAUCCACCCAAUUAAACGAAAAAAAGGACGCUAAAGGUCCUCAUAGCCUCGAUAGUUCAUCGGUUGACCUUUGCUGUGAAGUUUUGAAAGUUCUUUACAACCUUACAUUAAGCUACGAUCGAGGGCAUCUUGAUGAGGUUGAAGAAGCACAUUUUCUGCGACUUGUUGGAAUUCUCCAUGAUCUUCUCUUGACCGAAGCAGAGACCAAAGAGAAAAAGGAAGAGCUUCAUAAUCAUAUCGUUAAUAUGCUAACGAAUAUACCUUCGUACUGUUAUGAAGAGCUUUUAGUACCAAUCGAAGAAAUUGGUAGAAUCGAUAAUCCAAGAUACGAAUAUGAAGACAUGAAUGUAGAAGCGAUUAGUGUUCUAUUGGAAUUCCUUGAAAGACGAUUCGAUAAGCCAUCUAAGGAACUUUAUGAAUCCUUAUCACCAGUCUUAACCUGCCUGAGUAGCAUGGCUCGAACUAAUCGAAUUAUUCGAAAGUAUCUCAAAAAUCAAAUCCUUCCACCUUUACGAGAUGUCGAAAACAGACCAGAAGAAGGUGACACUUCACGCAAUAAAUUGGUUCGAUUAAUGACCAACCCGGAUACCCGUGUUAAAGAAAUGGCUGCCGAUUUUCUGUUUGUAUUAUGUAAAGAAAGUGCCCAAAGGCUUGUCAAAUACACUGGAUACGGAAAUGCUGCUGGACUUUUAGCGAAACGAGGAUUAAUGCUUGGAGGUCGAGGAAAGGGUAACUACUCAAGUGAAUCUGAAGAUAGUGAUACUGAAGAAUAUCUAAAAGUCAAAGAAAAGAUUAACCCAGUCACUGGUUGUUACGAACCUAAAAAAACAAAUCCAAUGGAGGGGAUGAGUGAUGCCGAGAAAGAGGCUGAAGCCAUUAAGCUCAUCAACAUGAUGGAUAAACUUUUGAGAACUGGUACUAUUCAACCUUGUCGAGUUGGUGAAGACGGUAAACCUCAUCCAGUUGAACAUAUCCUCGAGCUUCAAUAUCCCGAACGAGAUAUACUCGCAACAGAAAAGGAAUCAGCUGAUGAUUCGGAUUGAAAGAAAUGACAAUAUUAUAAUUAAUCGAUACCAAUGCUGCUAGUCUCGAAGAAAUUGAAUAAAUUUCCUAAAGAAAAACAUUAUCACCAUGAAUUUCAUCUUUAAACACAAAUUAUCAGUAUCCAACCAAAGGAACUAUUAAUCGUCACAAUUAACGUUAAUCAAAUACAUACAGAUCUCGAGAUCAACGAUCUUUUUUGUCACUUCAUUUACAUGAGAAAAAAAAAUGAGAAUCGUCAUCAUCCUUUACAUGUUUAAUCAUUUUUAAUCAAAGUUUUUUCUCCUUUAUCAAACUCUACUUACUUUAAUUACUAUUUGUUUUAAUCGUAUUGUGGUAACUUUGUUAAUCUUUUUGAACGAUAUCUUGUUCAAACAAUAAUAUCACCCUAACUUAAUCCACCUGAACAAAUUGUUAUCCUCUUUGUAAUUAUUGUUUAAUUUUAAUGUCUUGUAUUCAUUUAAUCAUAAAUUGUGGUCCACCAGUGAUCCUUUAUCAUUCCUAUCAUACAGGGA